AUGUUCGUGAAGCCGCUCCUUAUGUUUGGCUGGGCUGCGGCCUUUAGCUCUGUAUCAGCCUCCAUUUCACCUUCGGAUAUUCUAGUCGAUGUGCGAGACGCACCGGGCUCUUCAUCCGCGGAUACUCUUCGUGCCCUUCGCCGGUCUCUUGAGGAAAUAAAACUUCAAGGAAGAGAUACGGUACUAAAGAAUAGUACAGCUUUAAGCAAAAGUUGGAAUGGCGCAACCUUACUUAGCAUUGCUGCCCAGACAAACACCGAAAAUAAUGCCACGAUAAGUGGUGGGGUAGACAUAACAUGUACAACAUGUUAUAUCAAGGGGAACGCCACAGCUGAAUUUAGCAUUGAUGGAGACUUCAAUGUGACGCAAGCACUUAAGAACUUCACAAGCGAAGUUGGAGAGGGAAUCCUAAAUACUACUGAUCAAGUCAUUGACUAUAUCGAAGACUACUUUCCAACUGUUUUCCACAAUCUCGAAGACGGCAUAGACCUAGACGACUUUGACUUCCCUCCGAUAAACAUAUCUUUCAAUGUCGACGUCCCAGAUAUCCCCGAGUGUCGCCUCCAGUUCAAGUUUGAUGACUUAGAGUUAUAUAUGCUCAUCGAUACAGUGUUAUCGGCUGGUGCAACCUAUAACUUGAAUCUUUACUCAUCAAAAACACCCAUCGGAAUCUCGGCAAGCAGCGACUUAUUUAUAGGUGUUGUUUUCUCCGUCGACCUGAUCCUGAGUGUAGACACCGAGAUCGAUAUCAGUAGCGGAAUUCACAUCAAGCUAGAAGAUGGUGUUGGCCUUGACAUGGCUUUGUUCGGACAAAAUGUCUCAAGCAUUACUUUUAAUGGAGCAAACUUUGAGUUCCUCCCGGUAACAGUUGAAAGUGCUGGUGGUCUUCUUAAGGCUGUCCUUCGUAUUGGAGUGAAUGCAGGAUUUGAACUCUCGACUCCUUCUGUGGUGAUUCCCAGCUCCUCGUUUACGACCAAGGCGAGCGCUGGUGUAGGUGUUAGUGUGUGGGCUAAUAUCGCCGAGUUUGCGACAAACAUUACCGCAGCUCCUGAAGGUGACGAUGAAGACUGUUCGUUGAAGGUUGAGCAGUCGUACCAGUUCGGUCUUGGCGCUGCUGCUGGUGCUACUCUUGCUAUUGGAGUAGAGACAUGGGGACCAGCUCCUAACACAAAUAUCCCUAUCUACACGACGACAAUAGCCGAUAUCUGUGCCAUCCAGGGUCGCACUCAAACUACCACCGCUUCUAUUCCUGCGAUCAGCGCUAGAGCCGACGAGGAACUAGAAACGACUACGCUGAGUAAAAAGGUUACUUAUACCGGCGUGGGCUGCCUGACUACAGGCUUAGUCGAUUGUCCGCCAGCUUUGCAAACUACUACGAAAGUGACAAGUACUUUGACACACAUCACAGCAGUGCCUUCGGAUUCAGAAGCUACAUUCCCCGAGACUACCGGGACUAGCGCUGCUACUCUUGUUCCCUUCGGCACCAACGCGAAGAGUGUCGAAGCCACGACUGGAUCCCCUGUGUCUUAUGUGGCACCUCCACCAACCUCGUCAGGGGAUCCUACUGUUUCCAGCGAGCACCCGCUCGGUGAAGUUAACGGUGUUGAUAAGAGAAUUAUCAUCGGAGUUUGUGUUGGGGUUGGCGUGCCCCUGGUCGCUGCAAUCAUUGCUGGUAUCUUCUUCUGCCAGAAACGAAGGAGAUAUGCAGCAGUAACACAACCCUAUAAGGGAAAUGGAUACUAG